AUGUCUGACAGGCCAGCACCGUGGUCAUUGGCGGAAGAGAACAGCAAACAAGCAAUGAAGGAAAGCUACACCCAGGAGGGCGAUGUCGAAACCACCAGUGUGCACGCCGGCGAGGUGGACGCUACGCAUCGAGGAGUAUUCGGGACGGCCGCCGCUGCAGGAGGCAAAGAGUAUCGAGUUCUGGGCCGGUGGAAGGCCGGGCUGGUCUUCAUCCAUACCGAGGUCGGAUUGGGCAUCCUGAGUCUGCCGUCGGUGUUGAGGACGCUGGGCCUGAUCCCGGGAAUCAUCGCCAUCAUCGGCGUCGGCCUGGUGGCCACGUACACGGCCUACGUGUACUUGCUGUACUGGCGCAGGUACCGGCACAUCGACAACCUGCCGGACGCGAUGCGAGUGCUGGGCGGCAAGGCGCUGGCCAUCGUCGGCGGGAUCGGCCUGCUACUCAACCUCAGCCUGGCCUGUUCGUCGGCCACGUUGACCAUGAGCGUCGCCUUCAACACUCUGACCGCGCACAGCAUGUGCACCGUGGCUUUUGCCGGCUUUGCCGCCCUCAUCUGCUAUGUGCUGUGCAUGCCGCGGACGCUGAACUUUGUCGCCUACUUUUCAGGUCCCGCCACCCUCGGCAUCAUCGUGCCCAUCUUCAUCGUCAUCAUCUCUCUCGGGGUGGCGCGACCGCAAAACGCCCCGGUGGACUGGCACAAAGACAUGCACCUGGUCGGCCACCCGUCGUUCCGCGACGGGUUCACGGCCAUCCUGAGCAUCUGCUAUGCCUUCGGUGGGAGGCAGGCGUUCCUGACCAUCAUGGCCGAGAUGGAGAAUCCGUCCAAAGACUUCGUGCCGGCGCUGGUGAUUCUGCAGAGCUUCGCCAUGCCCAUGUACGUCUUGACCGGCGCGGCCAUCUACGGGCUCGCUGGCAAGUACGUGACGUCGCCGGCGCUCGGGUCGGCGCCACUGGUGCCGGCCAAAGUGGCGUACGGCCUCGCGCUGGUGACGCUGUUCAAUACGGGCCUGCUGUACGGCCACGCCGGUGUCAAGUACCUGUACGUCUUUGUCAUGCGCGACUGCCUCAAGGUGCCGGAGCAGAUGACGCGCAACAACAUCAAGACCUGGUCGAUCUGGGUCGUCCUCGCCACCCUGUUCUGGGUCUGGGUCUUUGUGCUGGCCAACGCCAUCCCCGUCUUCAACAACAUCAUCGGCGUCUCCUCCGCCCUGCUUGUCUCUUGGUUCUCCUUCGGUCUGCCUGGCAUCUUCUGGCUGCAUCUGAACUGGCACAAUCAGUUCCGCGACUGGAAGAUGACCGUCAAGUCGCUGCUGAACUGGCUGCUCGUUCUGUCAGGCGCGUUCCUCAAUGUCGCGGGAAUGUGGGCCUCAAUUGACUCGUUGGUUAAACUGUUCAACAACCCGGAGAGCACGGUGCAUGGUCCUUUCACCUGUGCCGACAACAGUUUGUUCUAG